AUGUCUAAUGAUAUUCUAAAUCAAUUCAAUACUGUGUCUAAGUCGGAUAUCGAAGUCCUCAACCAAGAAAUAGACGAAGACGAAGGCCAGUACCGCAUUCGGGCCGGAACCCGUGUACAUUAUGUUACAAUUCCUGGUUAUGCGAGCCCCAAACGAGUUUUUGACCGAGACACACUCUGUAGGCCGUAUCUUCUCGUUCCAGGACUUCCCCCAUUCCCGGAUGCAGACUGGACCAAGAUAAGACUUUCACUCGGCCCAGAUGGCAGUGUUCAGUCAGAUAUUUCUUUCGAACCACUGGACGAGGUAGAAUCUACCUGGCAUCCACAACACAUUGACGUACUUUCGUCAAAGCGCAUUAAAUAUCACAAGCAGCGCGUUAGAGAAGUCGAAUAUCAGGGGCAGACUGCAAUAAGCAAAAUUGCCGUUCUGCAGUGGCUCAUUCCACAACUUGAGCACGAGACGAGGGUGUACGAAUCUUUGACCAAAUUGCAAAGCACUGAUGAGGCGCGAUUGACCCCCGAGGUUUUGGGACAUCUCUUUGAGGGAGGUAGAAACGUCGGGCUUCUUUUGGAAAAGAUAGAGGGCGAUUAUGCGACACUGGCGGAUCUACCAAAAUGCGAGGCGGCUUUGCGCAAAUUGCACAAGCUAGGGUUUGUCCAUGGAGACGCCAAUCGCUACAACUUUAUCGUCGAGAGAUCCGCUGGGAACGUCAAGAUGAUUGAUUUUGAGCAUGCUGAGCAAUACGAUGAGGAGAAGGCGAACGCUGAAAUUCAGGAACUAGCAUCUGAGUUGACAGAUGACUCCGGGCGAGGUGCGCCAGUCACCUUUGUGUAUCAUUAG